GAAACCCCUUUUCAAGGAGAAAUGAAGAAAAAAACUGUUUAUACCUUAAAUGUGGGAGAUCAGGAGUAUGAAGAUAUGGAAGGUGAAGAAGACAAAGAUAAUACUGCUACCAAUGGUUUGUUGUACAGUGAAGCUGACAGAUGUCCAAUAUGUCUUAAUUGCCUAUUAGGGAAGGAAGUUGGUUUUCCAGAAAGCUGUAAUCAUGUCUUCUGUAUGACCUGUAUUCUUAAAUGGGCAGAGACACAGGCUUCAUGUCCUAUUGACAGAAAACCUUUUCAAGCAGUGUUUAAAAUCAGUUCAUUGGAAGGUUGUGUUAAGGUUCAAGUAAAAAGACAGUUGAGAGAAGCAAAAGACAAGAUAAACGAAAGCUCUUUUAAGAAACAGCUCUCCUGUCAUGAAAAUUCUAAAAGCUGUAUGAGAAAAAACAUAGGAGAAGAUCUAUUAAGUGCAAAGCUUUAUGACUUGAAGAUGCAUAGAAAAACUAAAUACAGUGAAAUGAGAGGAAAGAAAAAUGCAACAAUGAAGAUAAAGAAGCUUCGAAGAUCAAAUCAGUGUACAAGUCAGUCCUUCAGAAAUUCUUCCUUCAAUAUGUUUUCUUCUACUAGUCACACUGGAGACACUUCUUUUACCUGUAGAGCUUACUGUACAGAAUUUAUAGAAGUCAAUGAAAUCAGUGCAUUAAUUAGACAGAAGAGACAGGAACUGGAAUUGUCAUGGUUUCCUGAUACAUUACCUGGAAUUGGAAGAAUUGGUUUUAUACCCUGGAAUAUUGAAACAGAAGUCCUUCCUCUCAUCCCUUCUGUGUUGCCGAGAACUGUUUUUCCAACAAGUACCAUAUCUUUACGGAAUUUUGGUACUUCUUGCAAGGGAUAUGCAUUAGCACAUACUCAAGAAGGAGAAGAGAAGAAGCAAACUUCUGGUACAUCAAACACCAGAGGAUCAAGACGAAAAUCUGCAGCAGCAACUCCUACAAGGAGAUCUACACGUAACACAAGAGCUGAAACAGUCACUCAUUCUCAGAGAUCCCCGGCAUCAAAUAAUUCUGGGUGUGAUGCCCCAGAUAACAAUAAUCCAUCUCUAAGUGUUUCUUCUUCAGCUGAGUCAGAAAAGCAAACAAGACAGGCCCCCAAACGGAAGUCUGUAAGAAGAGGAAGGAAACCACCUUUACUGAAAAAGAAACUUCGAAGCUCUGUACCUCCUUCUGAAAAAGCAUCUUCCAGUGAUUCAGUAGAUGAAGAAACAGCAGAGUCUGACACACCACCUGUGUUAGAGAAAGAGCACCUAUCAGAUGAAGAAAGUAGAAACACUUGUACUGUGCAGACAAAUGUAGAAAAUAAGUCUGCUAAUGGCUUGAAAAGUUGCAGUGAGCAAAUAGAAGAAAGUGAGGAACAUACUGAAAACCAUGACACAGAGGAAAAAGUAGAAUCUUCAUAUUCUGAGUCUUGUAUCCAAGAUCCUCCUGUUCUAGUUGGAGAGGAGGAGGACGUUCAGAAAGUUGAGAAUACGGGUAUUGAGGAAGUUCAAAAAGUUGAGAAUGCAGGUAUUGAAGUUCAAAAAGUUGAGAAUACAGGUAUUGAGGAAGUUCAAAAAGUUGAGAAUACAGGUAUUGAGGAAGUUCAAAAAAUUGAGAAUACGGAUAAUGAGUCUAAUGUUUUUUGCUUAGAAAGUGAUAUUUCUAAAACUAUUUCUGAAGAAGGAGGUGAUGCAUUAGAAAAUGAAGACCAAAUAUCUUUACCUUCAGAAUCAGAAGUAAAAGCAGAUAUAUGUACAGAUUAUCCUCCAAAUGAUUCUCUUACAUGUUCAGCAUCUGAAAUUGAAGUACACCAGCCUGUACCAAGCCUAGAUGAGUUAUCUGAGAAUGCAGAGAUAGUUAUGGUUAAUGAAGAAAAAGUUGUAGAGGUCAAUGAAGAAAAAGUUACAGAUGUUAAUGAUCAAGAGGUUAUAGAGAGUCCUACAGUAGAAAUUAUUGAUCAUAAUGAUUCAACAGUAGAAGCAGAACAGCUUGUAGACAGCCCAAAAUUAGAAUCUUCUGAGGGUGGAAUUAUACAAACAGUGGACAAAACCUCUAUUGAGAGCUCAGAGAUUCAGUUGCCUGGGCAUGUUGAAACUGGAGAUACAGAAGUAAUGUGUGAUACUUCAGGGAAUGAAAAUUUCAAUAGUAUUCAAGACUCUGAAAGUACUUUAUUAAAAAAUAAUCUUAACACCAAAUUAGACACAUCUUUAGAAGAAAAGGCUGAGUCUCUGGUUGAACAACCCAGAUCUACAGAAUUGCCUAACACACACAUUGAACAGAUUCAGAAACAUUUUAGUGAAGACAAUAAUGAAAUGAUACCCAUGGAAUGUGAUUCAUAUUGCAGUGAUCAGAAUGAGUCUGGAAUUGAACUGUCUGUAAAUACUGAUGCUAAACAACUGAACAAAAAUUCUGCAGAGCACAGUUCUCAAAAUAAUAUGCCAUUUUCUGAUCCUGUAAGUGAAAAAGUUGAAACUGUAUCUCAGCCAUUUGAAAACCCAAUAGAUAUGAUAGAUAAAGCCAAAAAGCCUCGUACUCGAAGAUCUAGAUUUCAUUCCCCAUCUACAACUUGGUCUCCCAACAAAGACACUGCACGGGAAAAGAAGCGGUCUCAGUCUCCAUCUCCCAAAAGAGAAACUGGGAAAGAAAGCAGGAAGUCUCAGUCACCAUCUCCCAAAAAAGAAUCAUCAAGAGGACGGAGAAAAUCUCGUUCCCAGUCCCCAAAACAGGAUAUUGCAAGAGAAAGAAGGCAGUCACAGUCUCGAUCUCCAAAAAGAGACAGCACAAGGGAAGGCAAAAGAUCAGAGUCACUCUCCCCAAAGAGAGACACUUCUAGAGAGAACAGAAGAUCUCAGUCAAGAGUGAAAGAUUCCUCCCCAACAGAAAAAUCCAGGUCCCGGAGCAGAGAAAGAGAAAGUGAUAGAGAUGGGCCUAGGAGAGAGAGAGAAAGAGAUAGAGAAAGGAGAACCAGAAGGUGGUCUAGAUCCAGAUCUCGUUCUAGGUCACCAUCAAGAUCUAGAACAAAAAGUAAGAGUUCAUCAUUUGGUAGAAAUGACAGAGAUAGCUACUCUCCUCGGUGGAAGGAAAGAUGGGCAAAUGAUGGUUGGAGAUGUCCACGAGGAAAUGAUCGGUACAGAAAGAACGACGCAGAAAAACAGAAUGAAAAUACAAGAAAAGAAAAAAAUGACAUCAGUCCAGAUGCUGAUGAUCCAAAUUCUGCUGACAAACAUAGAAAUGACUGUUCCAGUUGGGUAACAGAAACAAUAAAUUCUGGACCUGAUCCAAGGACCAGACAUCCAGAAAAGUUAAAAGAUUCCCCUUGGGAAGAAAAUAGAAAUGAAAAUUCAGGGAAUGCUUGGAAUAAAAACUUUGGUUCAGGUUGGAUAUCUAACCGUGGUAGAGGUAACCGGGGCAGAGGCACUUACAGAGGUAAUUUUGUCUAUUCAGAUCAAAAUGAAAAUCGGUGGCAAAACCGAAAACCCCUCUCAGGGAAUUCAAAUGGUUCAGGGAAUGAGUCUUUCAAGUUUGUGGAACAGCAACACUAUAAGCGGAAAAGUGAGCAAGAGUUCUCAUUUGAUACACCAGCAGAUCGGUCCGGGUGGACAUCUGCAUCUAGUUGGGCUGUGAGAAAGACUCUUCCAGCAGAUGUGCAAAACUAUUAUUCACGACGAGGGAGGAAUUCCUCAGGCUCACAAUCUGGAUGGAUGAGACAGGAAGAGGAAACACCUGAACAGGAUUCUAACCUAAAAGACCAAACAAACCAACAAGGUGAUGGUUCUCAGCUACCUAUAAAUAUGAUGCAACCACAAAUGAAUGUAAUGCAGCAACAAAUGAAUGCACAGCACCAGCCUAUGAAUAUCUUCCCAUAUCCAAUGGGUGUUCAUGCUCCUUUGAUGAACAUCCAACGCAAUCCAUUUAAUAUUCAUCCUCAGCUACCCUUGCAUCUGCACACAGGAGUACCUCUCAUGCAGGUAGCUGCUCCUACCAGUGUAUCUCAGGGACUACCACCACCCCCACCCCCUCCCCCACCAUCCCAACAAGUCAACUACAUUACUUCACAGCCAGAUGGAAAGCAAUUGCAGGGUAUUCCUGGUGCUUCUCAUGUAACUAAUAACAUGAGUACACCAGUCUUGCCUGCUCCGACAGCAGCCCCAGCAAAUAUGGAAACAGUUCAGGGACCAAGUUCUGGUAAUGCUUCGUCAUCAAGUCACAGCAAAGCCUCUAAUGCUGCUGUAAAAUUGGCAGAAAGCAAAGUAAGUGUUACAGUGGAAGCCAGCGCAGAUAGCUCGAAGACAGACAAGAAAUUGCAAAUUCAAGAGAAAGCAGCACAGGAGGUAAAACUGGCCAUUAAGCCCUUUUACCAAAAUAAAGAUAUCACCAAGGAAGAAUAUAAAGAGAUUGUACGAAAAGCAGUAGAUAAAGUUUGUCAUAGUAAGAGUGGAGAAGUCAAUUCUACUAAAGUGGCAAAUUUGGUUAAAGCCUAUGUAGACAAAUACAAAUAUUCACGGAAAGGAAGCCAAAAGAAAACUCUGGAAGAACCUGUGUCUACUGAAAAAAACAUAGGCUGAAAUGGAGAGCACUAUAAGGACACUGUCAAGAUAUCUGCAAAGUGCAAUUUCAACAUAUACCUUUAACUGAAAAUCAUACCUAACUGUGAUUGAAAUUUGGUUUUGAUAAAAUUAUUUUUUUUAACGUAGGAUAUGUUUUGUUCAAAAUAAAUAAUAGUUCUGCACUGUAACUUCUAUAUCCUUUCCUCCCCCACCCCCAAAAAGAGCAAAUUCAAGGGAAACUAAAGGGGUUAAGGAAUGCAUUACUACUAGGACUGUUGCAGUGUGGAUGUGGAAGAUGUACAUACAGCUUUUUUAUUUCAACAAUGGAGUGCACAAAUUAGAAAUUUCUAAGUGCACUGGUUUUGGAAGAGAGAUAUAUAUAUAUAUAAUACCUUUAUUCUGUCAGGCUAAAAAUAAAGUAUGAUCUAUAUGAUUUUCCCCUCUAAUUAUAGAAAGUUAAGUAAUGUAUUACCAUGAAAAAUAUUUCUAAUAAGAGAACAUACCAAUUGCAGGAUUCCUAAUCUGUAUUUUUAAAAGCACACAUCUGAAUAAAUUGCUUUGCUAGAAAACAAGUGAUCACAUGAGUAAAACUCAGUGUUCAAAACUUUGGAACACUGUUGACCUAUUGUAUCACCAAAUAAAGGGUAUGCUGCUUGUUUUUCUUUGUGCCUUUUUUUCCCCCCCAGUUGAGAUGAAGCUAGAUUUACAUUUGCUAGAUUUACAGCUUUGGCAGUCUAAAUUCUUUGUUGAAUUUAGAAGAUCAAUGUGGAAAAGAGUGUUGACUUUGUAAAAAUUGUUUUUUCAUAAUAUUUCCUAUCAGAGAUGAUAAAUUAUCUGUGCCAACCAGAGGACUGCAGUAAGUGGUGGCCACGAUCCUCUCUUUCUUGGGACUACUGUAGAAUUGAGACUCACUUCAGUGGCUUUCCGGUUGUUGUUCAUUUGUCCAAUCAUCAUGAAAUUCUUUUCACACUUGAGAUAUCCAAAUGUUUUACAAUGAAUGAAGUGUUAAUUUGAUGGCCAUUAAGCAUGUUGUAAAAAACUAGACAUUCAAAUCUGUGUUUUGGAAAGGGAGAGGAAUUAAAUAAUGGAGUUUGGGUUAGGCCUUCAGGGACUAGGAAUUUGGUUGUUUUUUUAAGUAUUAGAAUAUGUUAAUUUUUAUAAAAGGUAAGUUAAAAGUAUUAAUAGUACCAUUAUUUUAAUUGGCAUUUUGGAAGAAAACAAGAGUUGUCUCCAUGAUAAUCUGUCUUUAAUUCUAGUAACAAUUUUCAGUAGAUACCAAAUAACUGGAAAGCUAUUCAGACAAAGAUAGAUAUAUGGCUCAAUGAAACAGGCUGACCCUUUUACUAGCUAAACUAGCAAGAGCAAUACUCUGUGGGACUGUGCUUUUCUGAAAUAAAGAUUGUGUUUCUCAAUUUUAUGUGCAUAAUACUUUCCUGGUGCUAGCUUUGAUAGGCAAAAUAUUUUGAAAUGAUGGCCCAAUAGUGAUUGUGCUAGUUCAUAAUCUUUAAUAGAUUAUGAGUAUAAUCCCCAAAAGUAUUAGAAAUAUUUCCAAGCAGCUUUUGAUCCUUAUUCUGCAUUUUUGGGCAUUUGUAAUAUGGUAUUCUACUGAUUUAUAUAUAUUUUUAAUUAAAGUUUGUGUUUAGAUUAUGGGAAAGUGUAGAAGUAUAUUUCUUCUAAUAAAAUAUUAAGACAGUAUUUUAAAUAUCAAUGCACACAUCCUCACUUGUUUCGGUUUUGAGCUCUAGAAACAACUGUGUUAACUUUAAAUCUAUUUUGAGUUAAAGCUGGUUCACACUUUGAAAAUUUUGUAGCAAAUUGCCUAAGCCAAUUAAUCACACAAUGCCUACUUUUCCUUUGUUUUUUUUUCAGUGACUUUUGGGAUGUUGGUGACAUUUUAAAAUUUGCUUUACUAUUUAUCCUUUGGAAACAUGUUUAAAAUAAAUUUUAAAGAAAAACUAGGUGGUGUGAUCAAAUCUCAGAUGUUUGGCAGCACUGUCAUGAAUUAUUUUCCACCUUUCCUGAAAAUAAGGUGUAAUCCAUAUCUGGUUGACGUACUGGUUAGAACGCAUUUAGAAUAGCUAAUGAAGAAUGCUACUGCAUUAGAAUUCAAACUUUUACAACUUUGAAAUAUUUGAGAACGUAUUAGAAAGUGCAUGCUUUAUGAUAAAAAAUACAUUGCUUUAACAUUCCCCAUUCUUGGUUUUUCAGAAAUUUAUAUUAAUUUUGCAUGUGUGCAAACUUAAAAAAUAUUUUGUGGUGUUACAGAUUUCUCUUAUUUAUGAAGAUUCAGUAUUAACUUGACCUUUGAAACCUUGUCCCUUUAACUUACUAUUCACAUUGACCAAUGUUUUAAGAGGUAGGGAUGUCUAGAAUUUUGAGACUGAAGGUAGUUAUUAUUUGAACAUUCCAAAAGUUUUGUGAUUUUUUUUCCUGGUAAUUACCACAUUUUCUUCAUCACCUUCCUUUAAAUGACCACAGUAUGUACUGCUUGAAUGUUCCAUCAAAAAGGUGUAGUUUCGGGAGCACAGGGGUGGUUGCCCAUGGUCCAUGACACAUUGUUUGUAGUGUGAGGAUGGAGUGCUGUCUACUGAAACAAUGCUCUUAAACAGAUAUGUAGUAUGUAAUAUUUUCUAAUAAAUUCUUUUGAUAAACAAA